CAUCUCUAUUGCAUGCAUAAUUUAAAUUCCGUUAUUUAUAAUUAGAAUAUCAAUCUACCAUUAGGGCGAAGUAAACGAGGUAAACUACAUACUCUAUUUUAUUUUUGCGGAGAGAAUGUAAACAGAAAGACAUGUGCUCAAUGAGAGAAACGAUAGUCUUUCACGCAACAUUGACUGCCAAAUUUUACUCUCAUACCUUCCUUGCGAAUGGUUACUGUGUAGUAUCGUGAAGAACGUUGCUGAAAGAAGGUGACCUAGAGUAUUAUACGAGAAAGCACUAACAAUAUAGCUUGUAAUUAUUGCUUUUAACAUAAUUUACAUUUCAGAAGGUAGCUGGAUACACGAGGAGCAGUUUUUCAAUGUCAAUUGUGGAAUAACAAAAGUGAAUGUGCCUUCUAAAUGGAUUUUUUGAAUAGCUGAAAAACAUCCUUCGAUUUACUGUCAGCUUUCUGGAAUCUCUCGAAACGCGCAUGGGAAAAUUAAUUUAUUUACAGUUUCCGUGACCGAUGAUUUGCUGAUAAAAUGAGCAUAAAAGCUGAAAAAAGUUUAUUGAAUGAUGUCAACUACAAAACAGAUGCAAAAGAAAAUCAUGUCAAACAGUACGACCCCAUUAACGGAUACGUUACUAGCAUAAAUGAGAGUGGAGCACAGCAAAUUUCAAGGCCGUCAGAAGUUACAGAAGAUAAGGAUAUUCUACAUGAAAGUGGUGAUGAGAGCCUUGGUGCAAAACAAAUCAAAUCGGUCGUAGUAAAUUUCACUUCUGGUACCAUGGCUAGAAGCACUAUCCAAAACCAAUACGUCAGCAACACUUCACCUCAUGUGCAAAGUUGGAACGAACGUAACAGUCGCAACAAAAUUAAAAUUAUAGUAGCAUCCUUCGUAAUUUUGACGAUAGGUUUGACAAUCGGCUAUAUAUUUUCUAGUGUAAUAAUUUGCCAGAACAACCAACAAGCUUUUCAUACUGCUCAUAAUAUUUGUUUAACAGAAGAAUGCGUAAGAACAGCAUCUUCCUUAUUAGCAGCAAUGGACCGCACGGUCGAUCCUUGCAAGGACUUUUUUCAAUUUGCUUGUGGUACAUGGAACAAGAAGCAUGUAAUACCAGAAGAUAGAAGUUCCAUAAGCACUUUUGAGGUUCUAGCUGAUCAACAACAAGUAAUACUUAAAGGGGUUCUUGAAGAAUCAGUGGACGUGAAUGAUAAUCAAGCGACAUUGAAAGCGAAGAUGUUCUAUAAAAGUUGUAUGGAUCUCCAGCAAAUCCGGAAAAUAGGGAUAAAACCAAUACGCAACGUUUUGAAGUCCCUUGGAGGUUGGCCUGUUAUCGAGCAAAAUUGGACGCUUCCAAAUACUAGUAUUGAACAUUUAAUAGGAACUUUACGAGGAGUGUACAGUGAACCGGUGCUAGUGGAGUUAUACGUCGGUGCAGAUGACAAAAAUUCAUCUAGAAAUAUUCUUCAGAUCGACCAAUUAGUGUUGGCUCUUCCAUCGAGAGAUUAUUAUUUAAAACAGAGUAGUGAAGGGGACCUGAAGGCUUAUCAUCACUAUAUGACGCAAAUAGCUAUUCUCCUUGGGGGAGACCCAACAAUUGCAUCCAAAGAACUGAUGGAAGUUAUCAAUUUCGAAGUGCGAUUAGCAAAUGCUUCACUUCCAGAAGCAGAUAGACAUGAUACUAGCGCAAUUUACACAAAAAUAACGUUGCAGCAGCUACAGAAUCAAGUUCCACAAAUAAAUUGGAAAGAGUAUUUACAAACCACAUUAGGUAGUGUACAGCUUGAAGAAAAUGAGGCUAUCGUUAGCUACGCAAUGCCAUAUUUGAUAGAAAUGGGACGUAUCCUUAAUGUAACUGAUAAACGAAUCAUUCAUAAUUAUGCCAUUUGGCGAUUUGUGAUGUCGAUAAUGACACAUAUGAUCGAUGAUUAUCAGAAGGAACGGGUUGAAUUUAGAAAAAUAUUACUCGGCAUUCAAUCUGAACGUCAUAGAUGGUCUCAGUGCGUAGAAUGGACAAACAAGAAGCUCGGCAUGGCUGUUGGUGCUUUAUUUAUACGAGAUAAUUUUAAUCAAGAGAGUAAAGAAACUGCCUUGGAAAUGAUACAUACCAUAAGGGAGGCAUUCAACGAACUGUUGGCAGAUAUCCAUUGGAUGGAUGAUGAAACGAGAGCCGUAGCUAAGGAGAAAGCUGAUGCAAUGAACGAACGGAUCGGCUAUCCUGAAAUAUUGACCAACCCUCAAGAAUUGGAAAAGGAGUACAUAAAUCUAACUAUAUUCAAGGAUCAUUUUAUCAACAAUAUUUUAAAUAUUCUUAAAUGGGACGCUGAACGAAACUUACAGUUGCUAAGAAAACCGGUUGAUAAGGACAAAUGGGCAACUGAACCGGCAGUAGUCAAUGCAUUCUACAAUCCAAAUAAAAAUGAUAUAGUUUUCCCAGCCGGAAUACUUCAACCUUUGUUUUACAGUCAACAUUUUCCUAAAUCAUUGAACUAUGGUGGUAUUGGUGUUGUAAUUGGUCAUGAAAUAACGCACGGGUUUGAUGAUAAAGGACGCCAAUUUGAUAAGGAUGGUAAUAUGAUGCAAUGGUGGAACAAUGCAACCAUUAAAGCUUUUAGAGAAAGAGCGCAGUGUAUUAUAGAUCAGUAUUCGCGAUAUAAAAUCAACGAAGUUAAUUUGUUCAUGAAUGGUAGAAUGACACAAGGCGAAAACAUAGCAGACAACGGAGGACUCAAACAGUCUUUUAGGGCUUAUCGAAAGUGGGUCGACCUUCAUGGACCGGAGCUGGAUCUUCCUGGUAUGAACAUGACGCACGAUCAGCUUUUCUUCCUGAACUAUGCGCAAAUAUGGUGUGGAUCUAUGCGACCCGAAGAUGCUUUGACGAAAAUACGAUCGUCAGUACAUUCCCCCGGUAUUAUAAGAGUGAUUGGACCGCUGUCUAACUCGAAGGACUUUGCUGAAGCCUAUAACUGUCCUUUCGGUUCUCCAAUGAAUCCAUUACACAAAUGUAGUGUUUGGUAAGUUCAAUUCCUAGCGCUAUGGAAAAACAAAGCUACAAACAUAGUUUAAAAAAAAAGAAAAUUGUUAUCAUCAAUUAUAAUGAUGUAAUUUGCAAGGAUCCAAAUAUCAUCUUUUAAUCAAAGCGCUUUAAAAGUUUCAUUCAAUUGUUUUUCAAAAGAAAUGGUGGUUUAGUAUACUUCAUCAUCGUAAUUUAUUACUGUUAUAGUUGUUAUCGCAAACGAUAAAAAUGGCAUCUAUUCUCGAGAAUCCAAGAGAAAUAUGAGUUAAAUAGAUACAUGCUAAA